CUGUAAUCAAUAUUCGGCUAGACAGGCCGCAGCUAAAAGUUUCUUAUAUAUGAAAUAUUGAUUUUGUGCCGAAUUAAAUAAACCCAGUUCUGGAAGUGAGCAUCUACACGCUGCUCAGGAUGGCGUUCAUUUGGCAGCUGGUCUCCGCGGUCAUCUACAUUGUGGGAUCCCUGACGAUCGCCGCCUUUCUGUAUGACAACUUCAAGUCCUUGAUCAGCAUUAUCAAGGCGGUGCUGGAGCCAUAUUUCCAGCCCCAUUUGCCAAAGACUCUUGUGGAUAAGUUUGGCCAAUGGGCAGUGGUGACGGGUGCCACCGAUGGCAUUGGAAAGGAAUAUGCCAGGGAGCUGGCCCGCCAAGGUCUCAAUCUGGUGCUCAUCUCAAGGACGAAGGAAAAGCUCAUCGCCACCACCAACGAGAUUGAAAGCCAGUACAAAGUGAAGACAAAGUGGAUUGCUGUGGAUUUUACCAAGGGACUUGAAAUCUACGAUCAGAUUGAGAAGGAAUUGGCUGGCAUUGAAGUUGGCAUAUUGGUGAACAAUGUGGGCAUGAUGUACGAGCACCCAGACAGCCUGGACCUGGUGCCGGAGAAGCUGCUGUGGAAUCUGCUGACCGUCAACAUGGGAUCCGUGACCAUGCUCACCCGCAAGAUCCUGCCACAGAUGAUAGGGCGCCGCAAGGGAGCCAUUGUCAACCUGGGAUCUGCCUCGGAGCUGCAGCCGCUGCCCAACAUGACCGUCUACGCGGCCAGCAAGAAGUUUGUGACCUAUUUUACCAAGGCCCUGGAGCUGGAACUGGAGGAGCAUAACAUCCAUGUGCAGCUGGUGAUGCCCAACUUCGUGGUUACCAAGAUGAACGCCUACGCCGAUCGGGUGAUGCAAGGCGGUCUUUUGUUCCCCAACGCCUAUACCUUUGCGCGUUCUGCUGUUUUUACACUGGGAAAAACGAGCGAGACGAACGGCUUUUGGACACAUGGCUUGCAGUACUUCUUCAUGAAGAUGGCUCCCCUACGUAUCCGCACCUACGUGGGUCACCAGCUCUUCAAGCGCCUGAGGGUCGAGGCUCUAGAGCAAAAGCAGCAGAAACUGGGACUGCUGUAGCGCCUUAAGCUAGGGUCACGGGUCAUGUAAAUAUUUGGUUCUUAGUCUUAAGGCCUAAACUAUUAAAUAGUUAUUUUGUACAAAGCCAAGAAAAAAUCAAAAUAAAAUAAUAUAAA